AUGGCGCAAUCACCAAAGGAUCUUAGAAUCGCCAUUCUCGGCGCGGGCAUGGGUGGAUUGACCUGUGCCCUUUCGCUGGCGACUGAAGGAUUCAAGAAUAUCGAUGUGUAUGAGUAUGCGACCGAUUUGGGCUUUGUUGGAGCUGGUAUCCAACUGGCUCCUAACAUGGCGCGUGUUCUUGACCGUCUGGGUGUGUGGAAGGGUAUUGAAGCGGAGGCUGUCAACAUUGAAGAUACCAGCGUUAGAGUCGGCGCAACUGAUACUGAACUCGCCUACGUCCAGCUCAAGUACAUCCAAGAGACUUACGGAUACCCUCACAUGGUCGGCCACCGGUCUUCUCUGGCCAACGGUCUCUACCAAGGCUGUCUCGCUCACCCUGCUAUUAAAUUCCACUUUUCGACCAGCGCCGACGCUGUCGACCGAUACGGCCCUCAGCCCUCGUUCAUGGCUAUCCCCCGUCAAGGCGAACCGUACCGAGUUGAAGCCGACGUCGUCCUCGCCGCCGACGGCAUCAAGAGCAAGACCCGCGACGAGAUGUUGAAGAGACUCAACAUCAACGCCGGUAUCAAAGACACCCACCAGGCCGCCUACCGGAUCAUGAUCCACAAGGAGCAAAUCAAAGACGACCCCGAACUGCUGGCCCUCAUGGAGAGCACACGGGUGACGCGCUGGAUUGGCGAAAAGCGUCACAUCAUCGCCUACCCCGUCUCCAACAACACCAUCUACAACCUCUCCACCACCCAGCCCGACACCAACUUCGCCGCAGCCACCAACGCGACCUAUACCACCCGCGGAGACAAAUCCGCCAUGCUGAACGUCUUCGGCGACUUCUGCCCCAUGGUGCAGCGCAUGCUCAACUACGUCCCCGAAGGCGAAGUCUGCGAGUGGAAGCUGCGCGUCCACGAACCCCUCCCCACCUGGGUGCACGAGUCUGUCGCUCUCGUCGGCGACGCCUGCCACCCCACUCUUCCCCAUCUCGCGCAAGGCGCCGCCCAAGCCAUCGAAGACGGAGACGUGCUCGGUGUCGUCCUCAGCCGCCUCCCGGACACCAAGCCCGAGUCCAUCAACAAGGCGCUCCGCGUGUACGAAAAGGUGCGCAAAGACCGCGCCUACGCCCUCGUCGACCUGGCCGCUGCGUCUGGACGAGCGCUGCAUCUCGGCGACGGCGCCGCCAAGGAAGAGCGAGACCGACAGUUCGCGGCAUUGAAGCGUGGUGAUGGCCCCGUGCCGGAUAAGUGGGCGGAUGCGGAUGUGCAGAGGGAGAUUUAUGGCUUCGACUGUUCCAAGGUGGCGCAUGAGUCGUUUGAUGAGUACUUUAACGCGCUGUAA